AUGGUCCGGAUCGGUCAAAGAGAAUUGCAAGCUCUGAACAUUGACACCAACAUUACUCAACUGCCCGCCACUAGUAGUACUCAACCAUCAGGCACACGAGUGACAAUGUCCACUGCUGGCAACUCAACAACAAACCGCAACCCCUCUCGAGUCCUCCAACCUGGACAUCUUGAGACUAGUCUUGUGUACAUCCUGGAAACUGUCUUUGGCUACAGUGCUGGCAGUAUUCUUCAUCUCGCACUUGACUUGUAUGGUUGCAAAUGUUACCUUGACCUUGUUGGCCUGGAUGAUGCUGAUAUUGACGGACUACAGUAUCCUGUCAGUCAGCCACAUGAUGCUAACGGUGACCCUCAACCUGAUGUACUUCGGGAUGUGCCAAAACCUCUUAAGGCAUAUCUCCAUGGGAUCCGUGGCUACAUCUACCACCGAGAAACUGUGCUUCAGGACCCAGUCACUCUGACUAACUGUGUCCUCAUUGACCCUGAUGAUUUCGAUACAUACAGGGCCUCCAGCGCAUUCAUCGUGUUCCGCAGCCGCACCAUCCCACAGCCUCUUGUCUCCAAGCCAUCUCGACGUUCACCAGCUGAGGAAUUUGAUCGGGGCAUUAAUCUAGAUGCUAAUCUUUAUCCAACUUUGUCCAAUAAUCGGCAAUGGGAUAGUCCUCAUGGCAAACGUCUCACAUCUGAAGAGGAACAUCCUCAAUACCCUAGCCUUGCUGAGCCUUUUGUCCCUGAUCUUGAAUCAGUUGACCUCGGGCCUGAAGGCAAAUAUGGUACCCUUGACAAGGAAAAUUCUCAGUACCAUUGUCUUGUUGAGCCGUUUGUUACUGAUCUUGCAUCAGUCGACCUUGAGCCUGAUCCUGUUGUUGACCUCAAGACCAAACGCGGACAUGGUACCCUUGAUCUCUGA